AUGGCGCACCUAAACGUAAAGCCGGACCCGGCUUACCUCAAGCACCAGGCUAUGCAAAAGGCUCGACACCACUUUUUCCGAUGGACUCCUAGAACCGCUAGAAUCACUUUUAUGUAUGUGGUUGUUGUGCCUGCCAUAUUCGGCUAUGUCGCCUACAAGACCGACGGUCUGUUCAAUUUCCGUGCCAAGAGACGGGGCGAUACCAUCUACGAGAGAUAA